CCCAUUUGUGCAUUACCGAUUUUGGCUAACAAACAUGCCCUUAUUAACGCAAUCCCACAUUCCAAACGCCAUCGUUACCUGCCUUGGUUCAUCCCUUCCUUCUCCUCUCUGGUCCUCUCUCUAUCACUCUCUCUAUUCUACUCGAAACGAUUUUCAACGCAUUUGGGACCAAAUUCUCCACAGCGUCGAUUUCAUGGCGACUAAGGUCUAUAUUGUGUACUAUUCUAUGUAUGGACAUGUGGAGAAAUUAGCAGAAGCAAUAAAGAAAGGGGCAUCAUGUGUUGAAGGAGUUGAAGCCAAAAUGUGGCAGGUUGCUGAGACCUUGCCACAGGAGGUCCUUUCCAAAAUGAGUGCGCCUCCAAAGAGUGAUGUGCCUAUUAUAUCACCUCAUCAACUUUCUGAGGCUGAUGGAUUUGUUUUUGGCUUCCCGACAAGGUUUGGAAUGAUGGCAGCUCAAUUCAAAGCAUUUCUUGAUGCUACUGGAGGCCAAUGGAGGACACAGCAGCUUGCUGGGAAGCCGGCUGGUAUUUUCUACAGCACUGGCAUUUACCACCGGGAUUUAUCUCGUCAGGUUGAAAAACUCAAUGACCAAAAGAAUUGGAGAAAAGGCCUACGCGUCAGGUGCUUGCUAAGACGAUCGCCAAAGUCCGUCCUGAAGAGCAAGAAGUCAGAGUUUGAUGGUCUUUUAGAUGAUGAUGAGACACCACCAGGAUCCAGCGUAGUAUCACCUGAACUGUCUCCUCGCCCAAUUAUCUCGGAUUCACCUCCAGAAAAUAACGGUUAUGAAAGUUCAGGCGCAUCAAAGACGAAAGCAUGGAACAAAGGGCGUGGCAAACCUCGACACCGUCUUACCAGUAGUCACAGUGGGCGCGGCUUGCUCUCCUUGUCACCACAGUCGAAUAACGGCAUCUUCAUCCUUGGAGAGGCACCAUUGACAAGGCAAAAUGCAAAGGGUCCUAAAAUGCCAGACGGAACCAGGGGUUUUACCAUGGGCAGGGGGAAGCCAAUCAGUGUCUCUGUUCCCAUCCAGACUUGUCAAGCUGUGGUGUAAUUGAUGCUUUUUCUACCCAAUUUUGCAGCAUUACCACUCUUAGCUAAGUGUACAAAAGUUUGGCAACUUUUUUUUUUUUUUUGGCUGGAGAGCUAAAGAAAAUGUAGUCAAUCAACAAUUGUACGAGGACUGUUCAGCCAUCUACCAAUAAGCACAGCUGCACGAAUACAUCAUGGCAUGCGAGAAUCAAGAUGAUUACCAAGCUGCACCAAAGCUUUAUUUAUCUCAGCUUUCCCUUGGUUUGGGAAAUAUGUGUCUUAAGAAAAUGAUAUUCCC